CUCCAUCCAUCCUUCCUUCCUUCCUUCCUCGGCUGGGCUCUCUGUCUCUCUCUUUCCCUCCGGCUGCGCGGCGGGGCUGCUGGCUCUCUCUCUCCCUCUUUCCCUGGGGCUGGGACUCCACUUCGGGGCUCCAAAGUGGAGCCGGCUCCGGCGGAGGCGGCUGCUGGGGCUGCUCUCCUUCCCCUUCCCCUCCGGCUGCUCCCCGAGGGCGCCCCCGGCAGCAUGGCUGUCUCCUCGCCCCUCCUCCUGCCCUCCACCUCUUCCAACGCCAGCAGCAGCAGCAGCACCACCAGCACCAACACCGCCGCCCCCAACGCCCCCAACACCACCACCAACAACAACCCCAGCAGCAACCCAGGAGCCCCUCUCUUCCGGACGGAGCCCCUCUUCCCCCCGGACUCUCCCCUCCUGGGCAGCCCCGGCAUGCAGGGCUUCGGCGGCGGAGGGGGCUCUGGGGGCCCCGGGGGCCCCGGGGAGUGCAAGAUGGUGGAGCUGCACGGGGUGCAGGUGGCCUCCUUCCUGGUGGAGGGCCAGGAGCUGAUCUGCCUGCCGCAGGUCUUCGAGCUCUUCCUGAAGCACCUGGUCGGGGGCCUCCACACCGUCUACACCAAACUCAAGCGCCUGGAGAUCGCGCCCGUCGUCUGCACCGUCGAGCAGGUGCGCGUCCUCCGCGGCCUCGGCGCCAUCCAGCCCGGCGUCAACCGAUGCAAACUCAUCACCAGGAAGGACUUCGAGACCCUCUACAACGACUGCACCAACGCCAGGUCAGCAGCGCCCUCCUGGGCCCCUCGGGGGCUCAGCCCCAACUGCCCUCCACCCCCCUUGGCAGCCUGGCAUGGCUCCAGGGGCAAGGAAGAGAGAGGGGGCAGCAG